CGAAGAUUAAGAAAAUACAUAGGAAGAACUCAAUAAACAAUGUUGUGAUUAAUUUUAUGCAGUUUUCAUAUUAAAUUCAUAUUUAUCCCUUCAUCAUUCUCUUUUCCUCUCUUCUACUUUUUCUUAGUAUUUUAUUUCAUAAUUAGAAGCAAUGGUUUUUCAGACGUGUAUACUGUGCUGUAAUUCUAUAAUUAAGAAAACUCCUAAACGAACUAGAAGGCAAUUUUUAGAUACUUUGAGGAUUUUUGUCAAAGGAGGAUCCGGUGGCAUGGGAUUACCUCAAUAUGGUGGUGUUGGGGGAAAUGGUGGCAAUAUAUUCGCAGUUGGCAAAGAAGGUAUUACUUUGAAAGAAAUAGUUGCCAGAAAUGUUACAAAAAGAAUAACAGCAAAGAAUGGAGGAAAUGCACAUUCUAAGUGCAUUUUGGGUUCUCCUGGUCCAGAUGUUGUCAUUGAUGCACCUCUAGGUAUUACAAUCUUAAACGAAUCAGGAAAGAAACUUGGAGAAAUUGAUAAAGAAGGUGAAAAAGUUCUUAUUGCUAGAGGCGGUGUUGGUGGCUGUAAAGAUAAUGGUUUCUGUGGAAUGAAAGGAGAGUCAGGCAAUGUUACGUUUGACUUAAAAUUAAUUGCCGAUGUUGGUCUUGUUGGAUUCCCAAAUGCUGGAAAAUCAACACUUUUAUCAGCAAUAUCUAAUGCCACGCCCAAAAUAGCUCCUUAUCCAUUUACAACCUUGCAUCCUCAACUGGGAACAAUUUUAUAUCCCGAUCAGCGAGUUAUUACCAUUGCAGAUUUACCUGGUCUUGUUGAAGGUGCUCAUGUUAACGUUGGAUUGGGUCAUAGGUUUCUUAAACAUAUUGAGAGAACAAGUCUUUUAGCAUUGGUCGUUGAUGUUGGAGGGUUUAGAUUAGGUCAAAAAUAUAAAUCAAGAACAUGUUUGGAAACCAUUAUACUCCUGAACAAGGAAUUAGAACUAUAUAGAGAGGAGUUAUUAGGUAUACCAUCGAUACUCAUUGUCAAUAAAUUAGAUAAAAAGAGAGGUACAGAAAUCUUUAAAGAAUUAGAACCAAUCGUGGAAGAUUUGCAAGUUGUAUUUGAAGAAGUGCCAGAAGAGUUUCGGCCAUACCGAGCGCUAUCCUUCAAAAGGGUUAUUGGUAUCAGCGCAAAAAAAAAAAAUGUUGAGGAAUUAGAUAAUGUGAAAAAUGCAAUAAGAGAAGUGUUAGAUGCAGAUAUAGAAGCUGCCGCAGCUGAAAAAGAAAUUAAACUCAUUAAAGAAAUGGAAUCUAAAUUAAGAGAAUAUGGACCAAAUAUGAUAUAG